GUCCAUUCACACGCGGCAUCGGAUUACUGGGCUUACGUCCCAAAGCAAUUCUCUUGAAAGAAUCGUCCUCGCACACAGCCUUUCAUUCUUCGAUCAUCUCACUGAACUGCAUGAGGUUGACAAGCUUAUAAGCUUCAUGGUGGCUUCACGAUGGGAGCUUCCGAGUCAAAGUUAGUCUUCAAGCAGGGUAUCUUCCGCCUGUCUGAGGAGAAGGACAUUCCAGCGGAUGAUCCCUACUGGACCAGGUUCUGGGAGCUCCCAGAGUCGACCGAGGAUGUCUUCAGCCUGUUCACCCCGGCCGACAUCCGGCGCACGCGCGAUCAUGCCUUGACGAACUUCGAGACCCUUUUACUCUCCGUCACCUCUCGCCUGACGGUGUUGAGAAACCACCCUUCGUUUCCAGAUCCCGAACUCGCGCCCGACCGCGAUGCGCUCAACUGUAUUCGCAUCCUCACCCGUCUGAUCCCAUACAUCUACGAGGCCGAGCAUCUGGAGGAGUGGGAGGAGAACUUCUUCUGGGCCCGUCGCAAGAAGAAGACCCGCGAGGCGCAAGUGGCUCCGGAAGUAUUGUUCGAUGAAGCACAGGCUGAAGAGCGGGAUCAGGCCUCGCCGCGGGCCAGCGAAUUGGAGGAUGCGAAGCCACUGGCCGAGGAGUUGAUCGAUACUCUGCUCGACCUACUCUUCUAUACAAAUUUUACCAUCCCAAAGUUAUCAUCUGCGAAGACAAAGGUGUCUUAUUCGAUCUGGCAGAGCGGCGUGGGAUGCAAUACCUCAAUGGGGUCGACCAAAGAGCUGGAGAACAACCGCUGCGAGGUCCUACGAUUGCUCCUGACUUUGACCGGGAAAGCGAUGUAUAUGCCUUCGAAUUUGCUCCCUGUGCAAGGUGUUCGUGCUAUCACGUACAUCACAACUUGCCCCGACAAACAGGCAGUCUUGACUCUGCUGUGCUCACUACUCAACACGGCGAUCAAAUACAACCCCGCCUCGUGGAGAGUACCAUAUGACCAUGUUGUAUGGAAAGACCCGAAACAGAUAUUGGUCAUCUAUUGCUUGCAGCUUCUUCUGGUGCUCCUUCUAUACCCAGUCCCGGAAGACGGUCGCGGGGCCCCGCCGAAGAACUAUUACCGCCAUUAUUUUGGAAGACUGCAUAGACCGCAAGACUUUCAGUUUCUCGUUGAUGGCAUGACCAGAAUCUUGAAUCAGCCAAUGCAAAUCACGAACUCCUACCUUCCUGGUAGUCAAAAGUCGGUGAAAUGGGCACCCGAAAUGCUCAUCCUAUUCUGGGAGGCCUUGCAAUGCAACAAGCGCUUCAGAUCGUUCAUCAUCGAUUCGAACCGCUCACACGAUUUCAUUAUUCUAUGUUUGUUCUAUGCUAUUGUGUACAAGUCCGACCCCGCGAAGCAAGGCGUAGUCAGAAUGUGUAUUUUCAUCUUGCAGACAAUGAGCGUUGAGCCCAAUUUCGGCAAGAGUUUGAAUCUCAAAUUCGAGGCUCAAGAGACUCUACCGCAAAGCAUCCGGAUCCCCGGCUUCAAGGGGUCAUACGCCGAUUACUUGAUAACAUCUAUUCAUACUUUGAUCACUGCCAGCAAAGGGCAGCUAACCGCUGUCUAUCCGGCGCUGUUGGCAAUUAUCAACAACAUUGCCGCAUACGUCGAGCAUCUGUCUCCCGUUUCCUGUUCGAAGCUGCUGCAGUUGUUCUCCUCGAUGUCGGCUCCCAGCUUUCUUCUCGCCAACGAAACGAACCAUGUCCUUCUAGCGUCCGUGCUCGAGUCGAUCAACUCUAUUCUCGAGCACCAGUUUACAAACAAUCCAUAUCUUGUUUAUUCUAUCCUCAGAAACCGGAGACGCUUCGAGGCUGUGCGUGAAUUCACUCUCGAGAGCGGACAGCAGGAGAUAGAGCGUCAAAAUGAACGGCGAAAGUCAGGGGGGAAUGAGUCUGCCGCUAGUCCUGUUCUCUCGCCGACUGAAGAAGAUGUACAAGCUCCCUCUGGAGCACGCUCAUCUCUGGGUCGCAUUCCGGAAGAAAAUAGUCCGUUCGCCAUUGGCGGAGAUGAUUCGGAGGACGAGGGUGAAGCGCCCAACACGCCGGCACAAGAGUCAGUGUCAACGUCUCGACGGCAAUCUAUUUCGUCUGUCGUCGACGAGAGCGUACCCCUUCAGCUCCGGGGGAUGUCUGAAAAGGCGCGUGGCAAAAUGCCUGCCGGACAACCCACCUUCUCUCGGCAAAACAGCAUGACUAGCCAAAGCAGCAUGUCGGCUGCUUUCCUUGCAUCCUCAAGCGGAUUUACGCCGACUACUGCCUGGCUUGAUUCGUGGCUGCCUGAAUUGCCGCUUCACACGAUCCUCACCAUUAUCUCAGCCAUAAUGCCCCACGUACCGGAUUCGGCCUUUCAGUCUGCCUCUAAUCCAGAAGCACGCACUCUGAUCACAAACCUUCCUACCUUUGUUGAGGAGCCCAUGAUUCAGGUUAUUAUCUCGGAACCUUCUCCCGUUCGUGUCCACUCGUUCGAGUGGUCGGCCCUUUCCAUGGGUUGGUAUGAAUCUUUGCUUUGGGGAUUCAUCUUCUCGAGCGAAAUGGUUGUUGGGUCCGCGUCAGGUGCUACACCUGGCACAGUUGGGGUGUGGAAUGGCACUGGUGUUAAGCUGUUCAGGGUACAGGAGGCAGCCGCGCAAGGACCUACGCUCCUAGCGCCAAAGGGUGCUGUCGAUGCAGUCGGAAGCAACCUAGUACAGCGCAUUGGCAAUUUGAGCCUCCGACGCAGUAGUACGCAGGAUUCCCAAAACAACUCCCGGCCACCCUCGAUUCGCGAGGUCUAGGAUACAGACAGAGCUCCGCUGGAUCGCGGGGUUGCACCAUUUGACUUAGAUACACUAGCUUCUUUUCUUUAUAUUGAUGAACUCUAUGGUUUAGAUGAUACCUGACUGGCGUUGCGCGAUUGGGUUAAUUCUUUAUACGCGAGUUGGCCUUCGAAGCAUUUUUAACCUGGUGAUCAUGUUCUUUACCGAUUAGUUCUUCAUAUAUUUAGAUAGUAAAGUUCAUAAAUCCG